CGAGCAAUGCCAACUCCCUCGCUUGACCGCCAGUCUGUACUCGACCUUGACCCGUGGCUCGAGCCCCAGGUCGGCGCCAUUCUCCAUCGUCACGACCUCUUCAGGAAAUGGAAGGACACCAUCGAAGAGACCGAGGGUGGCUACGACGCCUUCACAAAGGGCUACGAGAAAAUGGGUAUCAAUGUCAUGCCUGAUAAUUCUGUCGUCUAUCGCGAAUGGGCUCCCAACGCGGUUGAAGCCGUCUUCACUGGUGAUUUUAAUAAAUGGAACCGCAUUUCGCAUCCUAUGACCAAGAACCAAUAUGGUGUAUGGGAGAUCACCGUGCCUCCCACGGCAACGGGCGAAUGCGCAAUUCCUCAUGAUUCCAAAUUGAAGAUUUCGCUGAUCCUACCUUCUGGGGCGCGUGUUGAACGCAUCCCCGCUUGGAUAACGCGGGUCACCCAAGAUCUGUCCGUGUCGCCCGUAUACGAAGCGCGUUUCUGGAACCCUCCUCCCUCUGAACGCUACCAGUUCAAGAACAAGCGUCCACCGCAACCGCGCAGUGCUCGUAUAUACGAAGCGCAUGUCGGCAUCUCGACACCAGAACACAGGGUUGGAACUUACAAGGAGUUCACUAGGGACACACUUCCGCGCAUCAGAGACCUUGGGUAUAAUAUUAUUCAGCUCAUGGCCGUUAUGGAGCACGCGUAUUAUGCCUCGUUCGGAUACCAAGUGACCAGCUUCUUCGCCGCCAGCUCUCGCUAUGGUAAUCCGGAAGACCUGAAGGAGCUCAUCGAUACUGCUCACGGCAUGGGAAUCACUGUCCUCCUUGAUAUCGUUCACUCUCACGCGUGCAAGAACGUCUUGGAUGGUAUCAACCAGUUUGACGGCACAGAUCACCUCUAUUUCCAUGGAGGCGGCAAGGGCCAGCACGAGCUUUGGGACAGCCGUCUUUUCAAUUAUGGUCACCACGAAGUGCUCCGUUUCCUCAUGAGCAACCUCCGGUUCUGGAUGGAAGAGUAUCAUUUCGAUGGCUUCCGCUUCGAUGGCGUCACCAGCAUGAUGUACGUCCACCAUGGCAUCGGUACAGGCUUUUCGGGAGGAUACCACGAAUACUUCGGAGAUCAAGUGGAUCUCCAAGCCGUCGUGUAUUUGAUGCUUGCUAACGACGCCAUGCACACCCUUUUCCCGGGAUGCAUCACCAUUGCAGAGGAUGUGUCCGGCAUGCCACUUCUCUGCACACCCGUGUCGAAGGGUGGUGUCGGCUUUGACUAUCGUUUAUCUAUGGCCAUACCAGACAUGUGGAUCAAGCUUUUGAAGCACAAGAGUGACGAUGAAUGGGACUUUGCCAACAUCGUCCACACUCUAACCAACCGGCGUCACGGAGAACGGAGCAUUGCUUACGCGGAGAGUCACGAUCAAGCGUUAGUCGGAGACAAGACCCUAGCGUUUUGGCUCAUGGACAAAGAGAUGUACACCAACAUGUCCGACCUAACGGAGUACACACCGAUUAUUUCCAGAGGCAUCGCACUGCACAAGAUGAUCCGGCUCCUGGUUCACUCCCUUGGUGGCGAAGGCUACCUCAACUUUGAAGGUAAUGAGUUUGGUCACCCCGAAUGGCUUGACUUCCCACGCGAAGGCAACGGAAAUUCCUUCCACUACGCCCGCCGCCAAUGGAACGUUGUGGACGACCCCAUGCUGCGCUACAGGUACCUGAACGAGUUCGACAAGGCAAUGAACCACCUCGAGGAAAAGUACGGUUGGCUCGCGGCACCCCAGGCCUGGGUCUCGCUCAAGCAUGAAGGCGAUAAAGUCGUCGCGUACGAGCGCGCGGGCCUCGUCUUCGUGUUCAACUUCCACCCCACCAACUCCUUCACAGAUUAUCGCAUCGGUGCGGAUGUUGCCGGCACAUACCGCAUAGUGCUUUCCAGCGACGAGAAGCGGUUUGGAGGGUUUGACAACAUUGACUUGAACGCGACGUUCCGCACGACGCCUGAGGAGUGGUGCAACAGGAAGAACUACAUCCAGGUGUACGUUCCUAGCCGCACCGCUAUUGUUCUCGCCAAGGACUAAGUGGCUCUUCGUCCUGCCUGAGCCUCUGGGAAUUUGGUUUUUCGCCAUGAGAAGGAUCGAACUAGAAAUGGAAGUUGUAAGAAUAUCGAAGUGUACUAUUAGCCCGAGUCUAGAAAACCUUGAAAGGAAUAUACUGCGCGCUGCUC